UAAUAAUCUCUCGGCCGUCGACGUCCCACCCAAAAGAGAAAAAAAAGAAUCGCCGCCACAGCCACACAGCAGCUGCUGCAGCCACCUAACCUGCAAAGACAUAUCCGGCCAUGGGACGAUCAUCAUCAUCAUCAUCGUUCAUAGCUGUCAAGCUAUUGAAUGCUCCACCGAUAUACCCGAGAACACACUCUGAACCUAUCACCAGGACACUAGUUGUCCCUUGACUCAAGACUCAUCAUGCCGAGCUUAUGGGGCUCUGAUGCUCCUCAAAAUGGUGCACCACCACGGUACCAAGCGGUUAUGUCCAAGCUAUACCCUCACUCGAUGCGUCCGGUCCUCAUGGUCACAGCUGGCUUAGGUACUGCAUGGGCCGUGAUCUCUGGAGUCUCUGCCAUUCGGGACAUGGGAGGCAAUGGAGAGACUGGCAAGAUGAAAGCCUUCGACUUGAUCCUUGGGAUCAUGUACUUUGUUGUGACGGGUUUAGAACUCUUCGGCUUCUUCGUUGGAUUCACCGCUAAGAUUAGGUUGGCAAAGAUAUUGGCCGUCCUGGCACCGGUAGCCGCAGCGAUAGCCGUGGGAACUCAAAUCGUUUCCAUAGCAUCGCACUAUAUCAACAAAAGCGGUCUCAUCAGUCAAUGCGUCAACAGUACUGUUGGCGAUAUCGUGACGGAUGGGUUUGGCGAUCAAGUCGGCGGCCCCAUAGAUCAGGCCCAAGCCGAACAGAUUUGUGGAGAUACAUGGUCUCACAGUACAUGGGCUGUAUUCGGGUGGCUCGUAUUCGUCGUCCUAGUCUCCGCCGCAUUUGCAGCUAUCGCCAUCACCUAUUACCGUCAACUCGCGAACCCCAGUUCAAUGAGACCACAGAACAGUCAACCGCAAGAGUUUGCCAUGCAGCCACCGCCACCAGGAAGGACCUACAGUGGUCAAGGACAGCAACAGCCCUGGAUGGUACCGCCUUAUCCUGGUCCUCCACCUGAGGGAACACCGUUCGAAAAGUCAGACUAUCAGCCUUCAGCCUCAUGGGCAAAUGGUGAUCAGAACUAUAUGUAUGCCCCUCCGAGUGGGUCUCCACCGGGAGGCAGCCAAAGUCGCGACAUGGAGGGACGCGAUAGCUCAGAAGGACUGGUACAUGAUGCUCAGGAGGAAGCAUGGCAGAGAGCACAGACUACGGGCGUCACGGCUCAUCUGACGGGACAUGCGUCUAACUCAAAGGGUCGAGAUGAUGAAGAGGGAUAUACUGUGACGAAUCGGGCAGAGGACGACGCUUGGGAAAAUGCCAGGACUCAGGGUGUGACUGCUCACUUCACCGGUCACGCUUCUGGGGCACGGCGCGAGAACGAUAGGGAAGUGUAAAAGACGGUGUUAAGGCACCGAUGCAAACGAUCUGGGAUGUAGUUAACAGCCGUUGGCUGCUCGCGAGAGGCGUCAAUCAGCGGUUGAAAAGGCUCAUGGUAGUGAUCAUGACUUUCGCUUGCUAGGAUGUAUGGAUAGCUACGUCAUCUUCUCCGUACCCAACGGGCGGAACGUGACGA